AUGUCUACGAACAAAGCUGAAGGCCGUCGCGAGGAUGCUCUCGCAAAACAACGGAAUCAAGCACGCGAGGAGUAUGAGCGACAAAAGCAGCAGCUCAUCAAUGAGACAGAAAAGGCUCGGCCCUCCAACGCUCGGUUCAUCGGGCAGAAUGACUCUAUGGAAGACUCUCUAAAGAAGAGUACAGUUGGUCUUGUCCGGUUGGAGGACUUCCAGCAGAGGAGGAAGGAGCUUGAGGAGGCAAAGGCUCGUGAAGCUGCGAGGACUGAUGAUCUCAAGGAAGACCAGAAGAAGGUGAAGAAACGCAAGAAGGCCGCGAAGGCUACUUUAUCCUUUGCUCUCGACGACGAGGGCGGUGAGGAAGAGGGUUCUGGAUCGUCCACUCCAAACCUAGAGCUCAAUGGGGAGAAACCUGCGAAGCGAGCUAAAUUCCGCAAAAAUCCCAACGUGGACACCUCAUUCUUGCCUGACAGAGAGCGUGAAGAGGCCGAGCGGCGUGAAAGGGAAGAGCUAAGGCAGGAGUGGAUAAGAAGGCAAGAGGAGAUGAAGCAAGAGGAGAUAGAGGUCACGUACUCCUACUGGGAUGGAAGCGGACACAGGAAGAGUGUCAUAUGCAAAAAGGGAGAUGAUAUUGGAACUUUCUUGGAGAAAUGUAGACAGCAGUUUCCCGAGCUGCGCUCUGUUAGUGUGGACAACUUGAUGUACAUCAAGGAGGACUUGAUCAUCCCACAGCACCACACAUUUUACGACUUCAUCAUCAACAAGGCACGAGGGAAAUCUGGCCCUCUGUUCAACUUCGAUGUGCACGACGACGUCCGUCUACUCGCAGAUGCGACCAAAGAGAAGGACGAGUCUCACGCCGGGAAGGUCGUUGAGAGGAGCUGGUAUCAACGAAAUAAACAUAUAUUUCCGGCUUCUCGAUGGGAGGUGUUCGACCCGGAGAAAACCUAUGGUAAAUAUACUAUAGCAUAG